AUGGCUAAAAGAAUAUAUUUUCUUGCACACGGCGGCGUGGUACAAGGUGUCGGGUUUCGGUAUUUUACGCAGAAGCGUGCAAGCGAGUAUGGAUUGACGGGAUGGUGUCGCAACACGGAUAACAAUAAGGUCGAGGGCGAGGCGCAAGGCGAAGAGGACGCGCUGAAGAAGCUCUUGAAGGACAUUGACGACGGUCCAAGGUCGGCCAGGGUCGUCAAGCUUGACCACGAGGACCGUGACUUGGUCGACGGAGAAGAGGGCUUUCUGGUUCGGCGGUGA